AUGGCGCCGCUUGAGCCUCUGGCCGCGUCCGCCGAACUGUGCCCCGAGCCAGAAGAAAUGCGCCGCCGAUCGCUUUCCUCGGGCCCGCUGAGCUCCUCGAUAACAUCACUGCGCGAAUCAGGCAAAGGGGCCACACGGGGAGCAGCAGGAGGAGGGGGGCUCCUGGCGAGCUUGGGUCUGGGGCGCUUCGCUCGUCGCACCCUUGGCAUCACUCUGCUUCUCGUUACCGUCUUCCUGUGGACCACGUCCAACUUUUUGGCCAGCUACAUCUUCUCGGACCACACCUACGACAAGCCUUUCUUUCUCGUGUACAUAAACAGCUCCAUUUUCGCCAUCAGCCUGAUACCGCUGUUUGCGCGGUACUACAGGCGCCAUGGCAUGCAGGGAGUGAGGGCGGAGCUGGUAGAGCUUUGGGUCAAUGAGAAAGGCAGGGAGUACAAGCAGGGCGGCGGGAAUAGGAGAGCAAGAGCGAACUCGCUUCUCGGGCAGCCUGCUGUGCUCAAGACCUCCGAUGACGAGGAGCACGGCUUGCUCAGCGGCCGGGCAGAUGACGACGAUGACGGCGACGAUGACGGCGGCGGCGAGCGGGACGCGGAAGCGUCCAGCAGCACGGGCGACAGCACCACCAGCGUAAUGCAGAUCCAGGAUGCACCGGGCCUCGAGAAGCCCGCUGUCGACAAGCUUACCCUCCGCGAGACGGCCGUCCUGAGCCUCGAGUUCUCCAUGCUCUGGUUCUGCGCCAACUACUUCGCCUCGGCGUGCCUGGAGUACACCUCGGUCGGGUCAGUGACGAUCCUGACAUCAACGUCCUCGGUAUGGACUCUGAUUUUCUGUGCCGCUAUGCGCGUCGAGUCCUUCAGCGCUCGCAAACUGGCCGGCGUGCUGGCCUCGCUGACUGGCGUCGUACUCAUCUCCACCGUCGACCUGUCUGGCAAGAGUGACGAGGACCGCGGUAACUUCCCGCACAAGAGCCAGACCAGCAUCGCCAUCGGCGACGGAAUGGCCUUCUUUAGUGCCAUAGUGUACGGGCUGUAUGUCACCGUUAUGAAGAGGCGUGUCGGCGAUGAGGAUCGCGUCAACAUGCCCCUGUUUUUUGGUCUCGUCGGCCUGCUGAACUUGAUCCUUCUUUGGCCUGGCUUCAUUCUGCUCCACUGGACUGACAUCGAGCCAUUCCAGUGGCCUCCCACGGGAAAGGUUUGGGCCAUCAUCAUACUCAACUCUCUCUCUUCCUUCGUCAGCGACAUAUCCUGGGCCUUUGCCAUGCUGCUCACUUCCCCGCUGGUUGUCACUGUCGGUCUGUCGCUCACCAUCCCGCUUUCACUCAUAGGGGAGAUGAUUCAAUACUCCCAGUAUUCGAGCUGGAUCUAUUGGGUCGGCGCGGGCAUUGUGCUUAUCUCGUUUCUCUUCAUCAACCACGAGACCGCAGAAGAAGGGGAGAAGGACAGACGGGUGGUGGCGUCGUGA